GCUGCCUGUCUGUCUACUGGAGAGUUAUAAAAUAUUCUCCUUACUCACAGCUUGGUAGCUGUAAAGGAAAGAGCCUCACAAACCGUGUGUUCCUUAUUAUCUCCAGUCUGGAAAGAGGCAGCAUCCAUGGAGUCCCUAAAUCUACACCUGGAACGUCUCAGAUUUGGUGGAAGGGAUGCUGAAAGUGAAGAACAGAUUCUGGAAAGUCUAAAUGGAGUUCUUCAAGCCCUGACUGAAGAUAAGCACAGAACCUCCACCCUCCUUACUGAAAAUGAUGUUUUGCCAGCUUUGGCCCGGCUUCUCCAAGGGGACCCACUUUACGCAGCAAAGGCAGCCCAGGUGCUGGCGGAGAUCGCUAAAGAUGAGGAAAUGAAGACCCCCUGCAUAGAAGCUGGCUUGAUGCCAAUCUUGAUACAGCUUCUGGAAAGCACAGACCAAGAGAUGCUGCUUCACGCAGGCAGGACCAUUGGCCGAAUCUGCUAUGAUAACAAUGACCUUCAGGAGCGGCUGGUGGGAGCAGGAGUAAUCCCAUCACUAGUCAGGAUAAUGUCUGACUACCCAGACAACGAACCUCUUGUCCGCGUCAACCUGCUGGCCUUAUCCAACCUUGCAGAGCUAGACACUGCUAAAGAGGCACUCUGCAAGACCGAGGCGGCAGAGCACCUUGUCCAUCAGCUGCGAAGGACAAGUCACCACGAGAAGACGGAAAUCAUCCUUGAAGUUCUUCAGACGUUAGCAGAGAACGAUACCCUGAAAUUGCAGCUGACUGAGGCUGGUAUUCAAGAGGCGGUCGUGGAGAUCCUGCAGAGGCUCCAGGAAAGUUCCAAACCAGAAGACAUGUGCAGCUUAAAAGCCACAUCAGAUUUGAUUGUGUCAUUGUUACUCGGAGAUGAAUCCAUGCAGCAGUUGUUUGCAGACGGGCAGGGUGUUAUCUACCAGAAUGUUGGCAUGUGGCUGGCAUCCAAACACAACCAGUUACAACUGACAGGGGCCCUGGCUAUUGCCAAUUUUGCCCGGAAUGACAGCAAUUGUGUCCGGAUGGUGCAGCUUGGAGUGGUACAUCAGCUUCUAGACCUUUUAGAGAAACAUGUAGAAAAUGGAGAUGUGUCAGUUCAACAUGCUGCACUAAGUGCUCUCCGCAACCUUGCUAUACCAGUGGCUAACAAAGUUCAGAUGUUGGAUGAUGGGGUUUGCAAGCGGAUCCAGAUGCUUUUGAGGUCGGAGAUGCCCCCUGUUCAGUUUAAACUUCUUGGCACGCUACGAAUGUUGAUGGAUGGCCAAGCUGAUGCAGCCGAGGAACUAGGCCAGGAUCCCCUGCUGCUCAACAGAUUGGUGCAAUGGUGUGAUUCAAGAGACCAUGCUGGAGUCUGCGGAGAAGCAAACCGACUGCUGGCAUCACUUAUACGUCAUAGUCGAUCUCAGGAAGUUGUCAGAGCCAUUGAAGAGGCUCAGGCGGUCAAGCACCUGGUUUCUAUGGCAACCAGCGAACAUGCCAUAAUGCAGAAUGAAGCACUGAUUGCCUUGGCUAUAGCUUCUGCAGUCAAUUUAGAUAUCAUCAAAGAAGAUUUUAAAGAGGCCAGACUAGUGCAGAGCAUACACAAACUUCUUCAAGAUGAAAACACAGGUCCAGAGGUGAAAUAUAAUUCCAUAGGCCUGUUGUGCAGCCUCUUGAAUGCAGGCGACCUAAGACAAGAAGCUGAAGAGGACAAUAUGAAAGAAACUCUUGAGAAACUCUGUGGCCACAGUAACAGUAAUGUAGCCAAACAAGCUCUAAUGGCUCUCCAGAUACUAAAUGAUGAGCACAGCCUCCUAGGACCCUAAUGGAGAUUAUCAGCCUGCUUAUCCAUCAGUUUUCUGCACAAAAGGUGCUACUGCCAUUUCAGUACUGGCUUGCUACAAACUGUACAUUUUGUGUUUUUUUUUAAAUCUGUUGUGUCCAGGAAUCCAAAUAGAUUAUUGCUAGUCCUGGAGCAGACCUGGUCAUCGGCAUCUUGAAGUUUGAUGACAAUGUCUUUUUAUAUACUGUACAUUGUUCAGGCAAACGUUAAGACACAUUUCACAGUGUUUUUUGAAUCUUCAGCACUACCCCUGAUGUCUGGUUCAUCUAGGGCUGAUUGUUUUUCAUUUGUGAUAGUUUUUUGUGUGUUUUCCCCCCCUUUCGCUAAUCCUUUCCAUUCUGUUUUUGUACCAGAUUCCUUAGCUGCAUGAAAUUUCACCUUUAGUCAUGAAUGUGUGUGCUUAUAAACAUUCCACUGCAAAAUAAAUUCAGCAAAAUGUAGCAACCCAAUAUUUACUACAUUGCAAUGCACAUAUUUGCCCACAUUAUUUAAACACCCGCUUCAAAUCAAAUCUUCAAGCAUCCUUAGCUUGGUUACUCUGCAAUCGGCACGGCAAAUGCCUCCAACUAUGGUAUGCACAGGAGCAAGGCAGCCUUUCCCAUCACGGACUGUCCCUGGUAGAAUCAGGCUUCAUUCCUGUAUAUAGUUAGAAGCAAAUGAGUCCAGGGAGAGUACAACAGAGCAGAGAGGCACUCUUGCAUAAUUCAGGCCAAGGAUGGGGAAUGUUUGACCCUCCAAGUGUUGCUGGACUGUGCUGCUUGUAGUUCAUCACCACCGACAAUGCUACUAGGGGGAGUCCAAUAUUCCCCAUCACUGAUUUAUUUUUCUAAUUUAUUACUGUCAACAGAACAGGUCAAAUACUCUCAGUCAUACAUAUUGCAAAGAACUGUGAAAUGCAGAUGCAGGAAUGUCAGUGCUGAUGCUCCCUUGAUUUAGGUACUUAACACUUAAAAUUCGAGAGGUGCUUGACCACUCAAACCAUACUGAAUGAACAUGAAGAGAUUUUCCCUCCCUGAAGAUUUUGACCCAGGAAUCCCAGCUUCUUCCCCAGCCUGCCACAGAAAAGGGAAAAGAGUUCAUCCCCUACCUGCUGAGCACUGAGAAAGGGAAAUGAUACUGGACAUGAAAUACAACAUGCUGCAGGCAGGGAAAAUAGAACAAUAUGGAUAGUUCAGCUGAGGCGGAGCAAGGCACUGUGUUGUGAAAGAGGGAAUGUAUGUUGUGCAAGUGUACACGCUCUGGCUAUACCUACUGCUGGCAUCUCGACAUUGGCAUGAAAAUCUCUCCCUACCCAAUUCUCCACGCUGAAAGCUAUGGUCAUGCCCUAUUUCUCUUAGCCGUGGCAUUAUCAGCUUUGCAGACAAUGUCCUUCCCAUCCACAGCAGCAAAAGAAGCCUAAUCCACGAAUGCCUUUCUAAAUCUUGUUCUACCUUUGCUAAUUUUAUGACAAAUUUUAUGAUAUCUUUGAUGGAUCUCUUUCUCAUGAACACAUUCAAUAUCUAGAGGUAAAUGUAAAAAUGCUAUCCUCUUAUUAUGUGGGGAAGGAAAUAUAUAGCAAGGUCAGGGAGUGGAGCACACCCCCUGCCUGAAGUGGGAGCCAAACAGUUGUGUUACCCCUUGCAUGAAGAAAUGGCCCUCACAUUUUCUUGCUGUGGUCUGUCAGUAAGGUGGGUACCAAAGUCCAGGAUGUAGGAGACAACGGUGGUGCAACUAGCUGGCAGAAGACCCUUCUACCCCAUCAACUUGCUUUAAGUAAAUGGCGUUUACUUCUUACGUGCUGUCACCCAAACAGUGUAUUCACGGUGAGAUAUUGACCAGUUCCACACACACAGUGAGUUUCCAUGCCUGAGCAAGGAUUCAAACCUGGUGCUCCUAAAUCUUAGUCUUUCACUUUAUUCACUAUCCCACUCGGGGUGAUGUUUAUGGAAGUCUAAAUAGGCAUUCUUGGAGGCAAUUGUCCAUUGUCACUCUGGCUAUAUAUUUUUUUAAAAAACAUCUGUUUUUGCUUUCUUGAGUGACGUGGCUCUGCUUUUUCCUUUAGUGGUGACAGAUGUGCCCUUCAGCUAAUAGAUAGGAAAUAUUUGGCUAGCAUAUGAUCCUACUGUUUUGGACCAGCUCAGGAGAAAAAUUAUAGACCCUUCAUACGUACAACUAUGAAGAUUUGCUCUCCUGGUCUUGCAAAACUCUUUACUGAUUUCAAUGAGACUUGAUCAAGAAACAUUUCCCGAGGGUUGUGUCCUGAUAUCCUUUCAAGCAAGGGAAAGGAAAGCAAAACUUUACUGUGGAGAGCUCUUAAGCAAGCCCUGGCUGCUGGCAGCUAAAUGCUCAGCUCUACUUGAUAUUCAUCAGCAAAUGAAUCUGCCUGCUGGCUCUUUAACCCUUACAGGUUACUGCAGAUUGAUCAAAUUAGGAUAUGCAAAUUACCCUCAAAAUGAUUUCUAAGUGCUAUCAUUUGCAAGCCUCCUCUAUAUUUUUCCAAAACUCAUGCCACCGAACACCUUACCAUGGGGCCUUAAGUUAUGCAACGUUUCUCCGAAUUUAUUACCUGGGGCAACGUGAAGGCAAGCAUUCAGUGCAACAAAAUAAACCAGUAACUGGGAAUCAUGCUGUUUCCUGAAUGCAAAACCAGCAAGUAAUUUUUCCCUGCCAGCUGCACAGAGACUAAAUAUACAGCAGAGAACUUCCACAGCAGUCUUUGCAAGGAACUUCCAUUAUGAGAGCUAUCAAGAAGUCAUUAAACGUGUAUAGAAAAAUUAAUCUUACCCAUGGGCUUGGAAUGGGAACCUAGGGCCAAAUUACCCCACAGACGGUCUGCAGAGAAGGACAGAGAUACAGUAUAUGAAACCACACUGACAGACAUAUUUGUCAGUGUUGAUUAUAUCUCAGACAUGAGCCAGGUCCUAUGGCAGAUACUGGCUCCUGCUUCAUUCACCUCCUUACCAAAACUAGCCAGGAAACACAAUAGCUCACGAAAAAAGUUCUUCAAUGCAUGGAAACCAUCUCAAAUAUUGCAGGAACUGCUUUUCUUCAUGUCAGCAAAUCGCUAAUGGCUCUGUUUCAUCUCUGCAUACAUAAUCUUCGCAAGUCCAUGAACAUGAGCUCAUAAAACCUUUUAGUAACAUCUCCUUUAACACCAAUUUUAUGUAAAACAUCGUAGCACAGAGUUCCUGGCAAUGAAAUAUUCCACUAUAAAUAACAGAAUCACACAUG